AUGGCCCCUCUUGGUGUCACUACUAGAUCGCCCACUAUCCUGGUGGAUCUGGGGGGUAUCUUUAUGCAUCCCAAAGUGGAACACAAAUUAAAGACUCAUGAAUCCACCAUCUCCUUGCGGAGAAUCAUGUCGACCUCAGCCUGGAUGAACUAUGAAACAGGACAUUUAAGUGGUAAAGAGUGUUUUGAGCAGCUAGCCAAGGAAUAUCACUUUCAGGCGACUGACCUGGAUGAGAUGAUCCAUACUUUCCGCGAGACCAUCGCCUACGAACAAGCUGCUGCUUCCAUUUUCAAGGAGAUUAAACGGACAGGGGUGCGUAUUUUCCUGGUAUCCAACAUCUCUCAUGAAGACUACGCAGCACUCCGCCAGCGGUGGGACGAUGGAUUCUGGUCUAUCUUUGAUGGCAUUUUCACCUCGGCGGCCCUGGGCGUCCGAAAGCCCAGUUUACGUUUCUAUCGGCACGUACUACGGUCCACAAGGGCAGUUCCUCGUGAGACCUUCUUCCUAGACGACCGGCCCGAGAACGUACUGGCGGCGAUCUCUCUGGGGAUGAGAGGAACAUUUGACACCUCAGCGCUAUAUCGGACACUCACUAAUGUUGUCGGCGAUCCUGUGACACGCGGACUAGCAUUUCUGCGACUUCAGAAAGGGUAUUUUCCUACAACUACUCAGCAUAACGAGACGAUCGACGAAAACUACGCGCCGCUUCUCAUCCUCGAAGCGAGUCUGGUGAACCUCAAAGCCCCACCCCGCCUCUGGAACUUCUUCAGCGGCGAGCCCCAAUACACGAGUGACAGCUAUCCUGACGACUUAGAUACCACCUCGCUCGGCUUCCUAACGAUGCCUCCUGACUCAGAGAUAAUCCACUCCGUCCUAGAUGAGAUGCACAACCACAUAGACGAGGACGGUAUUCCGCAGGCAUACUUCGACAAAUCGCGCCCACGAGUCGAUGCGGUCAUAGCGCUCAACGUGUUGACCCUCUUCCAUAAACACGGGCGUGGUCAUGAGCUCCCCCAGACCGCAGAGUGGAUGACCAACAUCCUACUCAACAGGGCGUAUGUGAAGGGGACGCGCUAUUACGCAAACGCCGAGUGGUUUCUCUAUUAUAUGACGCGUUUACUCCGUGCGUCAAACGACCAAACCCUGAAGGAUAGGCUCGAAACGCCUCUUCGAGAGCGUGUCGCUGAGCGGAUCGGCGCUCCCGGCGACGCAUUCUGUCUCGGGAUGCGACUGCUGGCGUGCAACUACCUCGGCUUGGAGAACCGCCCGGACCGCCAGACGCUUGCAGAUUUGCAGCUUGAGGACGGAGGCUGGGAGGCCUCCUGUAUUUACUUCUUUCCUGGCGCUAAGCGAGAUGUUGGAAAUCGAGGCGUCAGUACAGCGUUUGCUGUAAAGGCCCUUGAGGACUGGUCUGGGUGGUGA